AGCACCAAUUCUAAGAAUUACAGUUGAAGAAUAUUAGGAGAUCAUCAAUGGCGGCUCAAGAUGAGGUGAUAUUGCUCGAUUUCUGGCCAAGCAUGUUCGGGAUGAGGGUGAGAAUUGCCCUGGCAGAGAAGCAAAUCAAGUACGAGUACAGAGAGGAAGACACAUUCGGGAGAAAAAGUCAAUUGUUGCUUGAGAUGAAUAAAUCGCACAAGAAGAUUCCAGUUCUUAUCCACAACGGUAAACCUAUAGCCGAGUCGCUCAUCAUUGUUGAGUAUAUCGAUAAUGUCUGGAAUCACGCCCCUGUCUUUCUUCCUUCUUCUGAAUCUCAUCCUUACGAGAGAGCCAGAGCUAGAUUUUGGGCUGAUUACGUCGAUCAAAAGGUACUUAAAUUUGGAUCAAGAACAUGGACCACAAAGGGAGAUGAACAGGAAAGAGCAAAGAAGGAAUUUAUAGAAAUUUUAAAGAUGCUUGAAGAAGAAUUGGGAGAUAAGCCUUACUUUGGAGGUGAGAGUUUUGGCUUUAUGGACAUAUCACUCGUCACGUUUUACCCUUGGUUUUGUGCCUUCGAGAAAAUUGCAAACUUCAGCAUUGAGCCCCAUUGCCCCAUACUCAUUGAAUGGACCAAGCGUUGCAUGCUCAAGCCUUCUGUAGCCAAUACUCUUGUCGAUCCCAACAAGAUCUUUGACCGUAUAACCACUGUCUCUAAACUUUAUAAUUUCUUCUACACUUGAUGCCCGCAAGCAUAGACAUAUAUAUAUAUAUCAAUUACUUAAAUAAUAUGUUCGAUUCCAACCAUGUUUUUACUAUUUGUUAGAUUAGAUAUAUAAACUGUUGUUUCAUUUAAUUUUCAGGAUUCAAAUAUCAAGUUGCGUAAUAAAAGUGUGUCAGUUUGAUAAUAAAAA